AUGGUCCGCAAGCUCAAGCAUCACGAGCAGAAGCUCCUCCGCAAAGUCGACUUCACAACCUACAAGAGCGACAACAACCACCGCGACGCCGCCAUCCUCCGACGAUACAACAUCCAGAAGCCCGCCGACUAUGCGAAAUACAACCGCAUAUGCGGCAGCCUCAAGCAGCUCGCGCACCGCCUGGCUGCCCUCCCGCCCGACUCGAGCUUCCGGCGCAAGCACGAAGAACUGCUGCUCUCCAAGCUGCACGACAUGGGCAUCCUGCCCUCCAACGCGGCCAAUGCUAAACUCUCCGAGGUCGAGAAGAGCGUCACGGUCUCGGCCUUCUGCCGCCGCCGGCUGCCCGUCGUCAUGACCCGGCUGCGCAUGGCCGAGACGGUGCAGGCCGCGACGAAGAUUAUCGAGCAGGGCCAUGUGCGGGUUGGGACGGAGACGAUCACCGAUACCGCCUUCUUGGUUACGCGGAAUAUGGAGGACUUUGUGACGUGGGUGGAUGGAAGCAAGAUCAAGAGGAAUAUCUUGAAGUAUAGGGAGAAGUUGGAUGAUUUCGAUUUGCUGUAG